AUGGUAGAGUCAAGUUAUAAUCUUAAGGAUCUGUAUAAUGAUAUUUUUAAGAUCAAUGACUAUUUUUAUGAUGGGGGCCAAGGUCGAUUAAUACUUGAUGCUGCACACGGAUCAUUCGACAAAUAUUGUGAUUACAAUAGGACCUCAGAUAGUAAUAAAUGUCUUGAUUAUUUUGAAAUGGCUAGUUCUGGUGUUUUUCAUUUACUAAAAAAUUAUAACAAGUAUGGUUUAGGACAUGAUAAACUUGCCGAAUACGCUAUUUUAUUUUUAAGUUAUAAACUAAAUCAAAGUAAAAAAAAUACAUCCAAAAAUUUAAGUGAUUUUUAUACUAAUUAUAUAGAAAAAAAUAAGUAUUAUAAUGAGAAAAUAAAUGAUGAUACUACGACUUAUAAGGAUAUUAUAGAUAAAAAAAUUAAUUUGUUGAACAUUAAAGAAAUAUCAAAAUUUAAUGAUCCAUUUGGUAUGUUAUUAUCAUUGUAUUAUCUAGUUCAUCUUAAAAAAUUGGAUUGCAAAAAAUGUUCGCAAAAUGCUGAAAAAUUUGUUCAAAAAAUUGUAGAACUUAAUGAAGAUUCUAAUAAUACAGUAGACAGUUCAUAUAAUAAAUUGUUAUCUACAUUAUCAAAUGAUUAUAAAAAUUUAAUAAAUAAAUGCCCCGAUUUUAAAUCACUUUCAAAAAUAGAACCUAAAAAAAAUCCUGUAGAAGAUCCUGGAAAAGUUUCUGGACCAAAAUUUGGGGAAACUUCUGAAGUUACAUCAUCAAGUUCGUCGAUAACAAGCAAAUUAAUUCCAGUUUUAUUGAUACUUGGUGCAAUACCGAUUUUUUUUGGAAUUGCUUAUAAGUAUUCAUUAUUUGGAUUUGAUAAGCUAUUUCAAAGACAAUAUAUAAGAAAAAAAUUAAAAAAAGUAAAGAAGAAAAUGAAACUUAAUAUAUGA